CUCCAGGAUUGGCUGCGAGCUCAACACCAACGCAGGAUAUUCGCCGUCGGUGGACGAUUAUUAAGCCGUGCAGGGCUUUGUCGUCCCUCCAGAGCUGUAUGUGGCUGCUGUUUGCGUUUUGCACUUUCAUGAGGAAUGAUCUAAGGUCCUGCUCCUACGGCCUUCUGAACGUGCUGCUACAGUAAUUCUUCUAUGGACACAGACUGAGGCGCAUCAAGAGCAGGUCGAGUAAAGCUGAGAACGGAAGAUGCCGCCGCCGCCUCCCCCGCCUCCCCCCGGACCCCCCCCUCCUCCAACCUUUUCCCAAGCCAACACAGAAAAACCCUCUCUAAACCGGUCAGAGCAGCAAGGAAGAAGCGCUCUUCUGUCUGAUAUCAGUAAAGGGGCCAGGCUAAAGAAAGCGGUUACAAAUGACCGCAGUGGACCCCAAUUGGACAAACCCAAAGGAGGAGGUGGAGGUGGAGGUGGAGGUGGAGGAGGAGGCGGUGGUGGUGGUGGUGGUGGAGGAGGAGGAGGAGGUGGUGGAGGUGGAGGAGGUUUUGGUGGAAGCUCUCCGUCUGGUUUAGGAGGCCUGUUUGCGGGGGGGAUGCCCAAACUGAGGUCUGCAGGAAGCAGAGACACCAACGACUCGGGGCCCAGUCGAGGACCGGUCCUGCCCCCGGGGGGCCGUUCGGGGGGCCACAGCCCCUUCGGAGGCGGCAGCCCGUCGGGUCCACCUAAGCUCCCAGGAGCCCCUGCUGCGUCCCGCAACGCCGUCCCCGACCUCCCCAAGGCCCGCCCCAGUUUUCUAUCCAGACAAGACACUCCGGGGGGUCCGCCCCCCCCUGUCCCCAACACACCCCGCCCAUCGCAGGGCUUCCCGUCCCGCGGGGGGCCGGCUCUGCCGGGGGCCCCCAAGCCCGGCCCGGCCGGCGCACCGCCGCCGCCCGGCGUCCCCCCGGGGCGGCACGGGGCGCUCCCUCCCCCGCCAGGGGGCUCCUCCCCGGGGCCCCGGCCGGGCUCCUUCGCCCCCCCUCCUCCCCCACCCAACAGCAGCAGACCUCCCUUACCUCCAGCUCCGGGGGGGAGGCCCCCCCUCCCUGACGACCGCCUGCCCCCGCCCCCUGCCCCCGUGGGGGGGCACCGCCCAUCCAUGCCCCGCGACAUGCCUCCCCCCCCUCCCCCGUCCAUCACCUCCAAACCGCCUCCCCCUGCUUCCCCAUCCGGCCGCUCCCCGGCGGGCGGGGGGGCUCCCCCUCUCCCCCCGGGCCGGCCAGGGCCCCCUCCCAUCCCACCGGCCCCCGCUGGAGGGGACGACAGCAGCACCCCUCGCCUGCCUCAGCGGAACACCUCCCUCAACAGCCACUCUCCAUCAUCGCUACACGGUCGGACCGGACCGCUCCCUCCCCCGCCAAAUGACAGACCACCAUCCAUUGGAAGGAACCAGUCGUCUCCACGCACUGGCCCUCUCCCCCCUCCUCCUCCCUCGGGUCGUAGCAUGGGCGGCGGCAGCGUGAGGUCAUCGCCGGCUCCUCCUCCCAGCGGGCGGCCGGGUCCAGAGCCCCCCCGCGGGGGCCCGGGGGGGCGGCCCCCCCUGCCUCCGGACAGGCCGGGCACAGGAGGGCCCCCCCCUCCUCCAGCACCCAUGGGGAACGGGUUCCAACACUCUCACCACAACCAGAUACAAGACGAGUGGGAGUGUCGGUUCAAUUUCCACCCGGUGUCAGACUUUCCUCCACCUGAGCCCUACAUGCCCUUCCAGAAGACCUACCCCAGCAAGCUCGGCAGUACGGACGGCAAAGGUCCUGGUAAAAAGGAGAGAGGAGCCCCCCCUCUUCCUCCCAUACCCAGGUGAAGAAGAGGUGUAAUCCAUCACAACACUUGGAACUAUCUCCCCUGUUUCCUCCCCCGCCUCUUUCCUCUUCUCCGUCUCGCUCUCUUGUGUGGUUGUUCACGUGAGGACUGCAGAGAGAAAUGGACCUGAACUGAAGCCGACCAAAUAGCAGAACAGUCACACAAUGUGGAGUUAGUAUCAUGUGCCUCUUUAGCGGAACUAAAGUGUUAAAAGACCAAAGCCUGUUUGUAUCCUGGUGCAUUGUGUUCAGAAGAUGGGUGUUUCACAACAAUGCUGUUUCUGGAGGAUGUAUCUUUGCUGAUCCUGUUGCUCAAAAUCAUAUCUUUCUUUAACCUUGUUUUCCUAAGCUAUGAUGCACAUUAUUUUUUUUAUUACAUUAAUAUUUACAUUCUUUUCUAGAUUAAUUCAGUGAUGUUACAUUAUGUAAACUGGCUACACCUUAAGGAGUUAUAUAAAUGGAUGAAUGCAGCAAGUAGCAUUUGCGACCCAUCUGAAUGUUUACACAGCUCACACAACAUGAGGUAAAAGUCAUAUUGUUAUUCAAGAGUUUAAUGGAGCAACAGGGUUUACCGUGAAGACAGAUCCCUUCCUGCAGAAGCUGUUAGCUGCCUGGUUUUCUUUUCAUUUUUUGAGCAUCUUUUUCCAUUCUGAUUUUAAUCAAAGUUGCCUCAGAGUGGAUAAGAGGCGUGCCUUUUUUGUGCAUGAAACUGCAUUUUUGUGCUCCUUGCUGGUUUGGAUCACAUUAAUGUAAAAACCAAGACACUGAUUGCAAAAACAGUGAUGCAACAACGCUUCUUCAAUACAGCAUCAACAAACUGCUGCAGCAUCCAGCUUUCAGCGACUAAAACGUCAGGGGAUUGUGGGCGUUUUAUUGACCAAAGUUACAUGUGCCUUCCCGCUGUGAAUGUAUUUGCCACCUGCAUUUCUGUUGGAUCCACUCAAAGGUACGUUUUAUAUGAUAGUUACUUAUGUGAGCAUGUGAUGUUUAUGAUUCAGAUGUUUUAAAGGACAGUAUUGGGGAUUACGACUAAACAGUGUAAAGUGAGCUGAGUCUUCCAUUGCUGUUUGGUAAAAGUUUCUUGAAUUACAAUGAAGGACCUGUGGGAGAUAUCUAUAUGAUUGAAUCAAGUGACCUUGAAGGAUUGUAUUGUUUUAAGUUAUGUUUCAAAACUGUGCAGUAUUUUGUUUCUGCUUCAAACUGCACUGCUUUGAAUGGAUUUUUGUAUCCAUGAUGUGUUAUCAUGUACAAAUGUCGUAGAAAUAUUUUCUGUAAGACAAUCAUACAGUGGUAAAACUAUGCAAAUAAAGAAUAAAAUGCUUUAA